AUGGAGAGCGACCUUCUGCCGUUGCUUGCUGCUACACAAUCUGCAGAUCAAAAUGCUCGUCUUUCGGCAGAGCUGAGCCUGCGUCAACUCCAAGGACAGGCAGGUUUUCCUGUCGGGUUAAGCAAUAUUGCUGCCUCGAAUGACGUCGACCAGCCAUUGAGACAGAGUGCACUCAUCCUGCUCAAAUCCUAUGUCCUCAACAAUUGGUCUGCUGAGUCCGAGAAUCACAAUCCCACUAUACCAAUCGCUACACCAACAGCCAAAGAACACGUCCGAACCACGCUUUUUCCUCUACUAAGAUCACCUAGCAGCUUAAUUCUGAGAUCGGCUGCGUAUGUCAUUGCCAGGAUAGCGCACGCAGACUAUCCCGAACAAUGGCCUACAUUCAUGGACGGUGUCAUGUCGAUGAUGAAGGAGGGCGGUGUGGGAACUACAGGAGCACUGACGGUAUUGAAGGAGUUUGUCGACGAAGGUUUGGCUGAAGACCAGUUCUUCAGCGUCGCGCCGGACCUUGUACAGACUCUAUAUGGUAUCGUGUCCACUGAGCAUGUCGACAACACUUCGAAGAGCAAGGCGGUGAGUAUCUUCAGGUCAUCCGUGGAUCUACUGGAGAUGUUCAAGGAUACGCAUGCGGAGCCUAUCAGGGUAUUUGCGGAUGGAUCGUUGCCGCCGUGGCUGAAGCUCUUCUGUCAGGCCGUUUCUCUUCCUGUUGUGGAUCCUUCAAAUCCAGAGGAGGUAAACGAGAGUCUCGUUGAGCUGCAGAUUGAGGCGCUGCGAACCAUCAACAAACUACGCUUGAUAUUCCCCUCGCACCUCUCACGACACCUUCCCACAACGUUCCCCUCGCUUUUCACCGCGUUGAACGCGCUUACACCAAUCUAUGUUGCGACACCACAUCCGUCAAUCUCAACAACCGCAGAAGGCGAAUCAAUCAGUCUCGAUGUUCUUGCAACCGAACAUCUUGAAUUCUUGUCCAUCGCACUUGGCCACCGCGCAAUCACGGCCUCCCUGGGAUCUGACGGCAUCCCACGAAUCAUUUAUCUCCUGUCUACCUUUGCAAUUGCAAGAGAGGAGGAGGUGGAGGCAUGGGAGGAUGAUGCAGAGAAGUUUGUCGGCGAUAUGGGCGGUGAUGUGAGUGCUAGGUGGACCGUACGCAUUGCGUGUGGCCAGUUGGUCGCAGAGUUGGCAGAAAAACGCGAAGAGGAGGUUAUCACAGCAUUGUUGAACGAGGUUCGCGCGGCGUUUUCGGACAGGGAAUGGCGAAGACAAGAGUCCACGCUUUUCUUGUUGGGGCACGUUGUAAUGGCAGAGGAUGGAGACGAUCUCGAACCGGAGCGGUUCCAGGGUAUUGAUCAACUACUGCAGCAGUGUCUGUCUGCUGAACAAAUGUUGCUCCAAGGAAGGGCUCUGAUUCUUGCUGGUGAAGUUGCCAGCUUAUGGACACCAGAGCAAGGAGUUCGCCUUGUUGGCAAGUGCCUCGAGGCUAUGCAGCCGGACAAGGGUGUUAUACUACGUUACUCAGGCUUGAAGGGUCUUCAGCGUCUAUGCUCAAUCCUUGACAAAGACGCUUUGCAUUCGCAUCAGACGCACAUCAUCGACGUUGCCAGUUCCUUCGUACCAUCGAAAUCCUCCGAUCUCCUCAGUGUCGUCCUAGAAACCCUUACGUCUGCUAUCAGGGUGGACUACAAAGCCUGCAUCAGCUCGGACAAAGUGAUCCCUUUGUUGUUUGAGGUUGCUGCUAGUUGCCCAGGAGACCCUUGGCUCACUGGCAUUGUCGGUGACGCAUUCGAAGCAAUGGCUAAAAGUGCAGGAAAUUACGUUGCGGUAUGCCAGCGUGCCUUGCCACCUUUGUCGCAGUUUCUGAACGGGGAAGAGCAGGAAGGUCUGACAUCCGUUGCAGUGGAGUUGCUUAACUCACUGACAGCCAGUGGGCUGAGUCCAUUACCAGAAGGAUAUAUUGCGACUGUUCUUCCAGGCUUAGCAAAGGUUAUGAGUACGACUGAUGAUCUAGAAGUUCUUCAGUCUGGACAGGAGGUUUUGAGGAACCUUGUGCAGAAGGAUCCUGCUCAGAUCCAGGCCUUUAGCGAUGGACAGCAUGACGGACUUUCGAUUGUGAUGGUAAUCCUGAGCAGAUGUCUGUCAUCCUCAUUUGAGGAUUCUGCGGUCGUCUUUGCUGGACCAUUGAUUGUGGCAGUUAUUCGCAAGUUCGCGCAUUCCUUGGGACCCGUUCUGCCCGAGCUCCUCAACGCCGUGGCUGUGAGACUCAGUACUGCAUCUCAACCCAAUUGCAUCCAGUCUCUCAUUGGCGUGUUUGCACACCUCUCAAUUCAGCAAUCCACCACCGUGGUGGAUUUCUUGAAAAACAUUACCAUUGGUGAAAAUACAGGUCUUGAAGUUGUACUGCGGGCAUGGUGUGAAAACUUCGAGGUCUUUCAAAGAUAUGAACAAAUCAAGCUUAACGUUGUCGCACUGGCGACUGUGUUCGGCUUGCAGAUGCAAGAAUUGAUGAACAUCAAGGUAAAGGGUGAUUUAGUUAUCACUCAGACGAACAGAAUCAUGACACGAAGCGCACGACGAAACCAUCCCGAGACGUGGACUUAUAUUCCUCUUCCUGCAAAAAUCAUCAAACUGCUUCUUCAUGAGCUUGUUUCCGAAAAGAACCGCACAGGUGAUGAUGACGAAGAGGAGGUGGUUUCGGACGAUGAAUGGGAUGAAGCUGACGCGAACACCAUGGAGGGUGGCAUGUCUCUUGGUCAACUAGCGGCAUUUGCCGAUGAAGAAGACGAUGAAGAUAUCGCGGAAGAAGAUGACCUUCUUAAGCACGUGCACCUGAAGGACUUUACAGUUGACUUCUUCAAGUCUGCGGUCGCCAACAAUGUAUCCUCUUUCAAUGAGCUUUGUGAGCACUUCUUGACCGCUAGGGAGAAGGAAUUGCUCCGGCAGGCUAUUGUAUGA